AUGGCUCGUCGCGUGAUGUCGCUGAUGCUGCUGGCCGCAGCCGUGGCCGCGCUUUGCCGAAGCACGGCCUUCGUGGCUGCGCCCAAGGACAUGCCUCGCGCCGACGUCCUCGCUGCGCUGGCACCCAUGGUGGUUGUUCAGCCUGCCUUCGCUGAAGCCGAUCUUCCGUACAACGGCGACUUCGACACCCCCAUUUACUACGAGGAGUCAACCUCUUCCGACCUGACUUACCUGCUCUUCUUCACGGCGGCAUUGCUCGUGUACCUUGGCAAGACCGCCUUCGACAAGAGUGGUGCCAAGAGCUUGGGCGACGCAGUGAGCCAGUGA